AUGCAGGACACCUGGAAUGCUCGCAAAUCUGAGGAGAUCCAAGGCUACGCGGACCGCAACGAAUGGAAGAACUUCUUCUCCGCGAUCAAAGCUGUCUACGGUCCGCCGACGAAGGGCACUGUUCCUCUCCUCAGUGCCGACGGCAGCACUCUCCUGACUGAGAAGACGCAAAUCCUACAGCGAUGCGCCGAGCAUUUCCAAGGCGUCCUCAAUCGCCCCUCCGUCAUCUCCGACUCCGCCAUCGAGCGUUUGCCGCAAGUGGAGACCAACGUGGACCUUGACCUCCCGCCAUCUCUCCAGGAGACCAUCAGGGCCGUGCAACAGCUCUCCUGCGGGAAAGCACCCGGAUCGGACGCAAUCCCUGCUGAGGUCUACAAGCACGGGGGUCCCCAACUGAUGGAUCACCUGUUUGCGCUCUUCGAGGAGAUGUGGCGUCAAGGAGAAGUCCCGCAAGAUUUCAAGGACGUAACAGUCUUGCACCUAUACAAGCGAAAAGGGAAUCGUCAAAUCUGCGACAAUCACCGUGGCAUCUCCUUGCUGAACAUCGCCGGGAAGAUCUUCGCUCGCAUCCUUCUCAACCGCCUCAACAACCAUCUGGAACAGGGCCUUCUGCCGGAAAGCCAAUGCGGCUUCCGUCGUCAUCGUGGGACCACGGAUAUGAUCUUCGCCGCCCGUCAACUUCAGGAGAAGUGCCAGGAGAUGCGGGCUUACCUGCAUUCUACCUUCGUGUAUCUGACGAAAGCCUUCGACACGGUGAAUCGUGAAGGAUUGUGGAAGAUCAUGCAGAAAUUCGGCUGUCCGGAGCGAUUCAAUCAGAUGGUGACUCAGCUGCACGACGGUAUGAUGGCGCGAGUCACGGACAACGGAGCUGUCUCAGAGGCAUUCGCAGUGACCAACGGAGUGAAGCAGGGAUGCGUGCUGGCGCCUACCCUCUUCAGUCUUAUGUUCUCUUCCAUGCCCAUUAUGGAAGCCUAA